AUGAAGCUGGUGUUGUUCCUUGUGCUGGCUUCCAUCCCAUUUUGCUGCUAUGCAGGUUCUGGCUGCAAGCUUCUUGAUGAUGUAAUUGAUAACACCAUUGAUUUUGAUUUGACUGUGCCACAAUACAUGGAGACUCUUCAAAAUUUCAUAGGGGACGAGAUGACAAAGAAGGCUGUGGAGAAAUUCAAACAAUGCUUUCUCGACCAGUCAAAGGAAACAUUAGCCAAUGUUAAAGUGAUGAUGGAGGCAAUAUAUAACAGCAAACUCUGUGAAGCUUACUAA